CAACGCUCGCUUUUCUCUCGCUCUUUCCGCCUCCCAUUUCCUUGCUUUUGGUCUUCUGGGAGAAAGAAACCGUGAAUCCCCCCCCACCACUCAAUCCACCAUUUUUUGGGUCUCUUUUCUUUCCUUCUUUUGGUUCUUGGAUCGUUUCUAGGAUCUCGCCGUGCAGGAAUCGCGGGUUCGGGCGGCGUCUCCUUCCCCAAAUACCUCUCCCAGCGCGCAACCAAGAUGGCAGCAGCAAGGACUCCUGGUACCCCAGCUUCGAAGACCGAAAGAACACCAGUAUCUACACCUGGAGGCUCCAGAGUCAAAGAUGAGAAGAUUUUCGUCACAGUAAGGAUGAGGCCACUGAGUAAGAAAGAACAAGCACUGAAAGAUGAAAUAGUGUGGGAUUGUAUCGAUGACCACACUAUCGUGUUCAAGGGCUCAACUCAGGAGCGUUCAAAUUUACCAGGCCCCUACGCGUUUGACAAAGUAUUUGGACCUAAUUGUUUGACCGAGAUUGUCUACGAAGAAGGAGCUAAAAAUGUUGCAUUAUCAGCAUUGACAGGAAUAAAUGCCACCAUCUUCGCUUAUGGGCAGACCAGCAGUGGCAAAACAUAUACUAUGCGGGGGAUCACUGAGAGCGCUGUAAAUGAUAUUUACAAGCACAUAGAAAAUACUCCAGAUAGGAACUUUGUGAUUAAGAUUUCUGGCAUAGAAAUAUACAAUGAGGUAGUAAGAGACCUGUUGAAAACAGAUUCUGGUCCUCUUCGACUACUUGAUGACCCUGAGAAAGGAACUAUUAUUGAGAAACUGGAAGAAGAAACAGUAAAAGAUAGCCAGCAUCUGAGACAUCUGGUCGGCAUUUGUGAAGCACAAAGGCAAGUUGGUGAAACUGCCUUGAAUGAUACCAGCUCCAGAUCUCACCAAAUAAUAAGGCUGACGAUAGAGAGUAGCCUACGUGAACAUUCAGGCUGUGUGAAGUCUUUUUUGGCAAGCCUGAACCUUGUGGACCUUGCGGGAAGCGAGCGGGUUUCACAAACUAACGCAAAUGGUGUCAGACUUAUAGAAGGCUCCCAUAUAAAUCGUAGCUUGUUGACUCUUACAACAGUAAUUAGAAAACUCAGUGUUGGGAAAAGAAGCGGCCAUAUACCCUACAGGGAUUCAAAGCUAACACGUAUACUGCAGCUUUCUCUCGGUGGAAAUGCAAGAACUGCCAUUAUAUGUACCAUGAGUCCAGCACAAAGCCAUGUAGAGCAAUCUCGGAAUACCCUACAUUUUGCAACUUGUGCCAAGGAAGUUACAAAUACUGCUCAUGUUAACAUGGUUGUGCCAGACAAACAGAUGGUCAAACAUCUGCAGGAUGUGGUUGCCAGACUCGAAGCAGAACGACGCACCCCGGAACCUUCCGAAGCCCUUCUGAAGGAGAAAGAGCUGAAAAUUAAGGAGAUGGAAAUGGAAAUGGAAGAACUGAAACGGCAAAGAGAUCUUGCGCAGUCGCGACUGGAUGACUUGCGAAGGAAAGUAGGUGCAGCAGAUCAGACGGGUUCGAGUCCCCUUGAGCCAUCGCCUCGACGAGUGGCUAAAUGCCUCACCUUUUAUGGCCCAUCAUCACCGCAUCAUGGCGACAGAGGACAUGGAAGGGCUGAGAAGAUGAGGAACCCAAUGAGGCAGUCAUCAACUGUUCCAUCCAUGCUUGUGCAUGAAAUUCGCAAGCUCGAACAGCUACAAGAGGAACUUGGAGAGGAAGCGCACCGAGCUCUUGAAGUGCUGCAGAAAGAGGUGGCUUGCCACAGACAAGGGAAUCAGGAUGCCGCUGAGACUGUUGCCAAACUUCAAGCGGAGAUCAGGGAGAUGCGUGCGAUCAGAUCCCUGACUAAAGAGGUCAACAUCGAAGAUGUGAUCACCGGUCAGAAUGCCGGUGCCAAUCUUAAAGAAGAGAUAACGCGACUUCAUUCGCAGGGGAGUACCAUUGCCAAUCUGGAGGAGCAGCUAGAAAAUGUCCAGAAAUCUAUAGAUAGGCUAGUGAUGUCUCUGCCGAACAAUUUGCAGCUCAAUGAAACCACCCCGAAGUCCUCAAAGAGUCAGCCGAAGAAGAAGAAGAAGAAGAUGAUGCUUCCUUUGACCUUGAGCAGCCACGUCAACCGACCGCAUCUUAUAAGGGCGCCAUGCUCUCCUCUCUCUUCUUCCCGGAAGAUAUUAGAGUCUGAAAUAGAGAACAAGGCUCCAGAGAACGACGCAGGAUCCCCGGAGACCUUUUCAGGUUCUGAGAAAGCUACUCCGACCAAGAGCGAAGAUGGUGGCGACAUAACAUCCAGGGAAGGAACGCCACGCUGCCAACGUUCCAGUUCUGUGAACAUGAAAAAAAUGCAGAAGAUGUUCCAAAAUGCUGCAGAGGAAAAUGUAAGGAGCAUACGAGCAUACGUCACCGAGCUGAAAGAGCGUGUUGCGAAGCUUCAGUACCAAAAGCAGCUUCUUGUGUGCCAGGUAUUGGAAUUAGAAUCAAAUGAAGCUGCAGGGCACGAAGUACCAGAGGCUGAUGAGCAUAUAUCAGAACUGCAAAAUUCCACUGAUGCAUGGGAUUCCGUCUUCAAGGAGCAAAUGCAGCAGAUUAUUCAACUAUGGGAUGUUUGUCAUGUAUCGAUAAUACAUCGGUCGCAGUUCUACUUGUUAUUCAGAGGUGAUCGAGCGGAUCAGAUAUACAUUGAGGUAGAGCUCAGGAGAUUGGCUUGGCUGCAGCAGCAUUUUGCUGAAGUUGGCAAUGCAAGCCCUGCUCAUAUCGGAGACGAGCCUGCAGUUUCUCUGUCAUCAAGCAUUAAAGCAUUAAGGCAGGAAAGAGAGUUUCUUUCCAGAAGGGUUAACUCACGUUUGACAGAGGAGGAGAGAGAGCGGCUCUACAUCAAAUGGCAAGUUCCCCUUGAAGGGAAGCAGAGGAAGCUUCAGCUGGUGAACAAGCUUUGGACUGAUCCAAACGAUCCAGUGCACAUCGAGGAGAGUGCUGACAUAGUGGCCAGAUUGGUAGGAUUCUGUGAGGGAGGAAACAUCAGCAAAGAGAUGUUUGAGCUGAAUUUUGCACUGCCAGCAAGCAAGAAACCAUGGUUUUUGGGAUGGCAACCCAUAUCAAAUUUGUUGAGACUCUGAUGCUGCGAGGUACCAGAAAUAAAAGAACUGAAAUUUUAUUAGAUUCUUUCUUUCUUCCCCUAAAUUGUUUUAAUAGCAAUUAUUAUUGUUUCCUAAAAUAGUUGCUAACUACAAGGAAUCCCUUGAAAAGUUCAUCUC